GGAGGAAAGGGCUCCAGGGAGGGUAAGCUCCUCCAGGGAGGGUAAACUCCUCAGGGAGGGUAAGAGCAAUGCCUUGUUCAGAGCUCAAAGGGGACUUUCAGCCCCUACUUGCGCCUCAAGUGCUCCUUCCCGGGGCGACGCUCAGACCUCGGACAGCCACCUGAGGAGCACAGGGGGGAGACUUCGUCAGGGAGGAAGAGAUCUGUGCACAGUGGGCUCAUAUGUGAUUCAUCACUCCUGCCUCACCAAGCAGUUGGCCACCAGGAAUCAGAGGCUGCCCAGAAGUCUGGCGCGUGCGCAAUGCUAGCACCUUUGGCUCGCUCCACCUGCGCACUACAACUCCCAGCGGGCUCCGCAACGCAUCAGGCAUCGCGGGCUGAUGACGUACACACCAGCGCGGGGAAUUUCGAGUGGUAGUUCCGCGUAGGAGGCCAGUGGGUCCUCAGCAUCCUCCUGGACGUUCAUGGAACCCGUGGGCGAACCUCGGUGGCCUCCGGGCCUGGCAGUCAUGAAGACAAUAGAUGAUUUGCUGCGAUGUGGAAUUUGCUUUGAAUAUUUCAACAUUGCAAUGAUAAUUCCUCAGUGUUCGCAUAACUAUUGUUCUCUCUGUAUAAGAAAAUUUCUGUCAUAUAAAACUCAGUGUCCAACUUGUUUUGUGACAGUCACAGAGCCAGAUCUGAAAAAUAACCGCCUAUUAGAUGAACUGGUAAAAAGCUUGAAACUUGCACGGAAUCAUCUGUUACAGUUUGCUUUAGAGUCACCUCCUAUAUCUCCCGCUUCUUCCUCAAAGAAGCUGGCUGUCAAAGUACAGAGUCCUGGAGCCUUCAGACAUUCUUUAAAGCAGGGCAGCACAUUAAUGGACAAGUUUUUGGUCAGAGACCCUAGUGGUUCUACAUCAGCAUUGUUGAUAAAAGAAAAUGACAGCAAAUUCAGCCAUCAGAAAGAGGCAAGCCCUUCUACACAAACCAAAGAAACCUGUUUUGCAGAAAAGAUGACACCUGGCUCCUCAGAUGCCAGUAGGCCUGAGAUACCCUCUACGUCCUCUUUGAAACAAGUUGUUAAAGUAGAUUGCCCUGUUUGUGGUGUUAACAUUCCAGAAAAUCAUAUUAAUAAGCACUUAGAUGGCUGUUUGUCACGUGAAGAGAAGAUGGAGAGCCUCAGAAGUUCUGUUCAAAAAAGGAAGCAGCUGCCCAAAACUGUAUAUAACUUACUCUCUGAUCGUGAUUUAAAGAAAAAGCUAAAACAGCACGGAUUAUCUAUUCAAGGAAAUAAACAGCAGCUCAUUAAAAGGCACCAAGAAUUUGUCCACAUGUAUAAUGCCCAGUGUGAUGCUUUGCAUCCUAAGUCAGCUGCUGAGAUAGUAGAAGAAAUUGAAAACAUGGAGAAGACCAGGAUGCGUCUUGAAGCAAGUAAACUCAAUGAAAGUGCUAUGGUUUUUACAAAGGACCAAACAGAAGAGGAAAUAGAUGAAAUUCACCGUAAAUAUCGUAAAAAGCAUCAGAAUGAGUUUCAGCUUCUGGUGGAUCAAGCCAAAAAAGGCUACAAGAAAACUAGAAGAAUGUCAAAAGACAAACUAAUGAAAAAAGUUGAACCUACAGAAAAGCUGUUAUCUGUAUGCAUGGAUGAUAAAAUGAAAUUCUCAGAUGUACCAUCGGUAGCAGACCAUUUCCACCCAUCGCAACUGGGCUACCCAGGGAAAUCAGAGGCCGAGAGAGCAGAUGAUUCUUCUAGCUGUACUGAUAUUCAAGAAGUGACACUUUUCUCAUCAGAGUCUGAUUCAUGCAAUAGUUCUAGUUCAGACAUCAUAAGAGAUCUUCUGGCAGAAGAGGAGGCCUGGGAAGCAUCACACAAAAAUGAUCUUCAAGACGUAGAAACAAGCCCAAGACAGAAUCGCCGCACAAGAGCAGCUGAAAGUGCUGAGAUUGAACCAAGAAAUAAACGCAAUAGGAAUUAGGGGACUUUUUCCAACUUUUUAAUGCUAUGAUUAGAGUAUGGUAGUUUUUAUUGCUGAAUGAAUGUAGAUUUCAUAUUUAUAAAUGACCAAGGAAAGAUGUGAAAUUCUAAAUGUUAUAGUUAACUAAUUUUCAUUCUUUCUGGAAAAUUUCUUUCUGAAAAAGGAAAAGGUUACUACACAUUGUCACUUGAUCAGUUGCCUCCUCCCUCUAAAACAUUGACAUCCACUGUUCACCAGCUUUACUGAGUGGGAACACUGUUUUGCAGAGGGAUUUGUUUAGUUUCUAAGUUUCAGGAUAUCCUCAAGCCAUUCUCCUUUUCUUCUAUGGAGAGACCAACCUGAGAAGAGGAUUCUUUUCAGCCUCUGCAUCAUUAUAAGCAGUCGAGUUAGGAAUCUUUGUGUUCCACCAUCAUUUACAUCCUUGGAGAGUAUGAGAACCUGAGGCGAAGCUGCUGAAUGUCUAUCGCAGCAGUUCAGAAUGGUGUCACCCAAGAUCAGUGGAGUUGUUUGUUAGACUUGUGUUUCAUGUAUUGCUUGGAGUAGGAUUCCAAUUUACUUUUUUUUUUUUAGGAUUCCAAUUUAAAGUCACAAAGUUAGUAUUAUAAUUUUUUAAGUUACGAAGUUAUUGCUGUAAUUUUUAAAAAGGUACAAAGUUAGUAUUGCAGUUCUUAAAAGUUACAAAGUUAGCCGGGCGUGGUGGCGCACGCCUAUAAUCUUAGCAUUUGGGAGGCUGAGGCAGGAGUUCAAGACCAGCCUG